AUGUCCUUGCAAAGUCCAAAUGGUGUUGGGAGCUCUGAAUUGCUCUACCAGCAACUCCCGUUAAACGAACUUGAGAUCCGUCUUUUGAGGCUAGAGUCGGGCGCGGGGUCAACAGAGAUUCGAGCUUCGCUGAUCAAAUGUCGCCUACUUGACAUCAAGGCUGGAGGCCCCUUUUUUGAAGCCCUGUCGUAUACCUGGGGCCAGACUUCAAUUACCAAAGAUAUCAUCAUCAAUGGAAUAAAGUUUCCAGUUACCGAAAAUUUGUACGCAUUCUUGGAAGAAUACCAGGAGGCGGGUUUAGAUGCCGACCUAUGGAUAGAUGCAAUAUGCAUCAAUCAAAAGGACCUCUUGGAAAAAAACCAUCAGAUCCCAAUGAUGAACUUGAUCUACUCAGCCGCCAGGGCGCUAAUUAUCUGGCUUGGAGAGUCAUCAUCCGAUAGCGAUCUGGCAAUGGAAUGGAUCGACUAUCUAGGCCGUGAGUCUGCCUAUGACAAGAUGCCCAAUAUACCAAACAACGCUUGGCAAGCUAUGCAGAGUUUGCUUGAACGCCCAUGGUGGAGGCGCAUCUGGAUA